UUAACUAAAGUUGACGUUUUCAUUCGAUGUUCUAUAUUUUCGAUUUAAAUUCAAUGAUUCAACUAUCAAAAUUGAAUAGGGGGAAGUAAAUAAUUCAUAUAUGUAUAAAGUUGUGCCAGUAAAAUGAGUGAAGUCUGCAGCAUCGAUCCCGCAGUUGGCACAAGUCCAAAUAUAUGCCGCUACUAUGUGCAGGGCAUUUGUCAGUUUGGGGCACUUUGCCGCUUCUCUCACGAUUUAAGUCAAGGUAGUCCAGAGAAUGAGAAUCAAAUUUGCAUUGCACCAGAUAAUGCUGUGAUGGGAAGCACCAAGCCAAGCACCAGUCCAAAGUGCCGAAACUGGGCGGAGGCCCCGAUUUUUGUGCCUAGUCUGCAAGACCUGACCGAAAAUAGGAAUAAAGCUUCUGGAAACAUUGCUGAUGAAAACGGAAACCAUGUCGCAUUAUUGAAUGAGGUUGGUCCAUAUCACAGUUCGUGGGAUUAUUCGGACUAUUUCCCGUAUCAUAUGCAUAUGGAACUAUGCAAGAUGUGUGACCAGUACUGUCUGCAUCCCACGGAUCGAGCUCAACGUAAGGAACACAACCUGGAGUGCUUGAAACAGCACGAAAAGGCCAUGGAACUUGCCUUUGCAAUCUCUCGAUCUAAGGACAAGGCUUGUGGAAUAUGCUUUGAAAAAAUCAUGGAAAAGUCGGGUCGAGAAAACCGAUUCGGAAUCCUGCCCAAUUGCAACCAUAUCUUUUGUCUGGAAUGCAUUCGCAAAUGGCGUCAAGAACAAGACUUCGAUCAUAAAGUAACGCGAGGGUGUCCAGUUUGUCGCAUAGCUUCGGACUUUGUCUGCCCCAGUGGAUUUUGGGUGGACAGCCAGCAGGAUAAGGAUCAACUUUUCAACGACUAUCGCGCUGCAUUGGGAGCCAAGGAUUGCAAAUACUUUAAAAAAGGCGAGGGUUCGUGCCCAUUUGGGAACAAGUGCUUUUACAGACAUUCUCUGUCAAAUGGGGAUAUCGUUGAUGUGGGUUUGCCAAAGCGCACUCGAAAACUACAUGGCCAUAAUGAAAUAACAAUUUAAUUAAUAAUCGAAAUAUCUUGCCAAGUUUCGAAUAAUAAAAUUAAAGCCAACAAAGAAUAAAGAGCUAAACACGCGUACCUACAUACAUUUAAUAUAAUUAUUGAUACUGUUUACAAUGUCGAGUGCAAAAUUUAUUUGAAUACAAAAUUUAAUUUUGUUUAAAAAUGUACAUAUUACUGUAUUGU